GGGCCCGGCGUGACCGUCGAUGGGGACCGCCGUCAGUGGGGGCUUUUUCUCCAGUAUUUUUUCUAGUCUGUUUGGAACCCAGGAAACGAGAAUCUUAAUUUUGGGAUUAGAUGGAGCAGGAAAAACUACAAUUUUGUACAGAUUGCAGGUUGGAGAAGUCGUUACUACAAUUCCGACCAUUGGAUUCAAUGUUGAGACGGUAACAUAUAAAAAUCUUAAAUUCCAAGUAUGGGAUUUAGGAGGACAGACAAGUAUCAGGCCUUACUGGAGAUGUUACUAUUCUAACACAGAUGCUAUCAUAUAUGUAGUAGACAGUUGUGACCGAGACCGAGUUGGCAUUUCCAAGUCAGAGUUGGUUGCCGUGUUGGAGGAGGAAGAGCUAAGGGAAGCUAUUUUAGUGGUGUUUGCAAAUAAGCAAGACAUGGAACAGGCCAUGACUCCCUCAGAGAUGGCAGAUUCGCUUGGGUUACCUGCUUUGAAGGACCGAAAAUGGCAAAUAUUCAAAACUUCUGCAACCAAAGGCACUGGUCUUGAUGAGGCCAUGGAAUGGUUAGUGGAAACACCGAACACACACACACACACACACACACACACAGAGUAA